UGAUGUUGUUGAUCGCUCCAAACACGACUUUCGUUCUGUGACGAAAGGUUUGUUCCGGCAUGCCUGUAUAACCAACCAACAGUUCGUUGUAACUUCGUGCUCCAAAACAUCAACCAUACACAUUUUAUUUCGUUGUCCACUAGAAACCAAGCAUGAUGCUUGAUGUAAUGGCCGCAGUACAGUAACGCAAACCCACUGGAAUCAUGCCGAGGCACGUCGUCUGAUUCAUCUGUGCUUUCUGUGCAGGUGGCAGAGUAUAACAGAAAGCACACUGGCAAAUGACCUUGGAUAGUCUCCGACGGCAUAACAAUCAAACGUGGUGCCACGGUUAGACCCUAUGAAGGCAGCCGCCGUCGAUUGGAUGAAGGUAUAAAAUGUUCCCAAAGUCUCGUUGGUUCCGUCAGUCGUUUUGACGGUCAAGUUCAGCACAGUUUUGCAGGCAGAAGAGUGUGUGCACAUUCCGCCAAAUCAUGAGGAUCGUUUUAGCGCUAGUGUUAGUCCUCGUUGCACUGGCAAUGGCGGAUGCAAAGUGCAAAAAGUGCAAUCUUAACGAAUGCGAAUGUCAGUUGAAGAUCGCCCGUGGGCCACAACCACAAGUGUUUCCGUUUUAUAAGAAGAAAAAAUGCAAUGUUACUAAACCGCUGGAACUGAAACCAAAACCGGAUGUUUGCUCGUGCGAGCAGGAGUACCGCAUUCGACCCCUAGCCCCGGAACACGUGGAGCCCAAGUUUGCAAAGUCCAGAUCGUGUGAAUGUGGGUUCGAGCAUCAAGCAGACCAGCCGAAACGCAAAUACCCUGCCGACAUCAUAAGCCGUCAGCUGGCAAUUGAGUAUGCGCAAAUUAAGAGUGUUCCCGAAGCCGACCUGUACAUGCACGGUAAACCUAUGAAGCCGACGCCUGUGCCCAAGCCGGAAGGUAUCCCGGAGGAACGAAUGUUCAAAACCAACCUGCAUGUGCUGGAACUGAAGCCACCGAAGCGUAAGCGUGUCCGUUGCCGCGUCUGUUCGUCGGAAGAGGAAGAAGGUGCCCCGUGCAAUCCGAAGGACCAAAGCUACUUCGACAUCUGUUAUGGCAAGGUGGAAAACAAGGAUCCAAAGUUCAACGUACUUCCGCAGGACGGUCCGAUCUGUGAUCGUUGUCAGGACCGAUCCAGCACUGAGGAAGUGGAAAGCACCGAGGAGGAUUAUUCACCCGAAGAACCGACUAAGCACUGUUCCAAGUGUUCAAAGCACAAGAAGAAAUGUGACAGUCCGUCUCACGAAGAAAGCUACGAGCCCGAAUCGGAGGAAUAUGAUUGUCCAUUCGCCAAAAGGCACUUCCGCAAGACUCGCUCAUCCGAUGUUCCAGAACCCUCGCUCGUAGUCUAAUACUGCCAUGCCUUAUAGUAGCGUGCGAAACUGGAUGGUUUCUGUUGUGAUAUACUAGUGUAAACCUAGACUUUGCUCAUCGACUUUGCGUACUUGUGUGUACAUAGUAGCGAGAAAAUAUAAUAUUUCCAGAAUUUACUUCUUUUGCGUCAUUUGUAUUAUUUUGCGUUGGUUUCUUCGUAACAGACUUACUACAAUAAAAUGGAUUAUUUUUUCAUACAAA